AUGUCACGGAAGUUGCGCGUGAUUCGCGAGUUCGACGACCCGACAUCGGUGCGGAAUUACCGCAUAGGCAAUGCGACUCUGGUUGAGCUGGAGCCAUUGCCGCCUCUGACUAACGAGAAGAUGGAGUACCACAGGCAGCAGCGUCGCAAGGAGCACGGGUGGAAGAAGCCGGAGCUAGUGCUGGUGGAAGGAGACCCGGUGCCGGAGGGCGUGGAUCCCAUGACAGUGCGGUUCAUCCCUCGAAGACAUCCCUUUUCGCUUAAUCAGGGAGAGGGCGAGGAGGAGCUGUCGGAAGAGGUUGCUCGGCGUAGAUUGAUGCAGCGACGGGGUCGACCAGAGAAGGAGCAGGAGAGGAGUCGGAGGCAGCUGGAGAGGUUGAGACGGGAAGUGGAAGAGAGGGAUCGGGUAGAAAAGGAGGAGAGGGAGAGGAAUCAGCGCUCAGAAGGAAGUGUUAGGCAUGUUACUUCAUCUGGUGAUACAUGA